AUGGCGGAUGCAAUUGGUGCUGUGUCUUUGGUGGGUCACCGACCUUUGACGGUGAGGAUUUCGAUCAAGAACGAAUCGAAAACGCAGAAAUCGAUAGUUCGAUUUCCAGUGAAGGUAGAUUUCAAUGCGAAAGGUGUUCUCUCCGAUCUGAUGCUGAGUGUGAACAAGAGCCGAGUAACCUCUGUGUCUCCGAUCAAAGCUCUUGCUAUGGAGCUGACGAAAGAGAUGCCUGCGUACAAGAAGAAGAGAGACGAGCGGUUACCGAAAACUUGGAACUACCUCGACUCCGGUUCGGAUAACAAACCCGGUUUAUGGCCGCCGGAGAACAAAGCCGAUAAGCCUUCACUGCACAAUCCUCUGCUCCGGCAGGAACGGAUGGGUUGUGGCUGGUUAGGUGCGAUAUUCGAGUGGGAAGGAGUGUUGAUCGAAGACAGUCCAGACCUCGAGAACCAGUCAUGGCUGACUUUAGCUCAGGAAGAAGGGAAGUCUCCUCCUCCGGCGUUUAUCCUCCGUCGCGUCGAAGGGAUGAAGAACGAGCAAGCGAUCUCGGAGGUUCUGUGUUGGUCGAGAGACCCUGGUCAAGUUAGGAGAAUGGCGUCAAGGAAAGAAGAGAUCUUUAAGGGUUUACACGGAGGUGUGUACAGACUCAGAGACGGGUCUCAGGAGUUUGUGAACGUGUUGAUGAACAACAAGAUUCCCAUGGCGUUGGUGUCGACGCGUCCUCGUGAAACGCUGGAGAACGCGGUUGGGUCGAUAGGGAUCAGGAAGUUCUUCAGUGUGAUCGUUGCGUCGGAGGAUGUUCACAGAGGUAAACCGGAUCCGGAGAUGUUCGUUUACGCGGCGCAGCUUCUUGAUUUCAUACCGGAGCGUUGCAUUGUGUUUGGCAACUCUAACCAGACGAUAGAGGCGGCUCAUGAUGGGAGGAUGAAGUGUGUGGCUGUGGCUAGUAAGCACCCGAUUUACGAGCUCGGUGCGGCUGAUCUGGUGGUGAGGAGGCUUGACGAGCUGUCGGUUAUUGAUUUGAAGAAGCUUGCGGCUGUGGAAUUGACGGAGUUCGAACCGGAGUUGGAGAUGGAGAGGGAAGAUGAGCGUGAGCUGCCUUCUUCUGCUGUGGCGGUUGAUGAUUUCUUCUGA